AUGAUGAAAUCGGCAGCUUCAGUGUUCCAACUCGAUUGUCCUGCAAAAUCGACAAUAACACCCAUUAGACAGAGCGGGCAAGGCUUCUUCGAUAGCUCAGAUGAAAGUUCGAAAAACUCUUUAGGUAAAGAUGGUAUUUCGCACACAUGUGUCAAUCCCUAUUCGCGAUCUAUCUGGUCCACUGAACAUGAUUUCAGAGCUAAUGCGGAACAGGUAGCAAAACUGAAAUCUAAAGUUCAGCACACCAGUAAAAGCAGCAGCGUUGACUUGUUGAAGAAGGAAGGAUGUGCAGUAUCACCAACAGAGCCUCUGAACUUGAAGACAAAUAAUGACUCGCGACUGCCCAUGAAUGACGCAAAACUAUUUCUGGAUUCUCUGUUCGACCUACUCGCAAAUGAAGAGCAGUAUGCUCAUGUUACGGAUGCACUCAACAUGAUAUAUCGAUGGGAGCUUCACAACAAUAAAAAGUUCAAAAACAAACUGCUUGCUCAAGACUCUCAGGACGAAAUUCUACUAUUUGGUAAUAUUGACACCAUUACACAAUUGAGCAAAAUUCUCGUCAAAUCGGUCAAAAAUUACGUUUUUGCAAGUUGCAAGGCAGGUUCAGGGAUGCAGGAUUGGGAAAGACAUGGCACCCAUCUCAGCGUUCCGCUGGAGUUUCGUGAGAAUUUUGAUCCAAUUGAGUUCUUCGACUCGCAUUUAAACAAGAUCAAGUCUACUUAUUGUGCCUAUUUCUCCAGUCAUCAUAGGCAGACUCAAUUAUUGAUCGAGCUGAAAACAAAGCAGCGAUCUCUUUUUUAUAAAUGGUAUGAAAUUUGCCUCAAAAAGAGCGACUACCUUUGCAUCGAGGACAUCUUGGAUGCCCCUAUUCAUCACGUCACAAGAUUUCUUGAGGAUCUGCGACGGAUGACUACCUAUGCCGAAAACUUUCUCGCCCCGGAAACAGUGCAAGGGCUCAAUAGUCUCAUUGUGCGCUACUCAAAGUUCGUGGCCGACUCUUUAGCGCUCCUCACCCCCGAGCUAGCGAGCUCACAGCGCGCACCUUCGUUGCCGCCUGAAAUACAAAGCGAGUCACACCUAACAGUACCAGUCAGUGAAAACUCCUGCAGAUCGAGUGACACACAUUUUUCUAUGUCAUCGAGUCGGUAUUCGGAGCAUACUAAUAUGGAUGCUUUCCAUGAGCUUCCUUCAGCUGAAGAAGAAGACAACUUGUCAAAUACCCACUCGGAUAACCCAACUCUUGCAGAAUGCAUUGAAAGAUUCAAGCGAGUAGAGGGGCUAUUGGGCAAACUGGACAAGGAGCUGGUCCAUUUGGAUCUGACCGCCAUAGUUGACAAAAAUCUGCGUCAAGCAGAGAAUUGGCGUAGCAUUUUCGAGUUCGAACCUGUCAGUUCCCUGCUAUCGGUCGACGAAAAUGUGGAAUCCAUAUACACAGCCUACGUUAAUAAGAUUCAUCAGCAACGCCAGGAAGUGAUGUUGCUCAAGCUUACGGAACUUCAAAAACAUGUUUUGGAACCGUUGCAGCAAAUGCGAGAGAUGUGUGAGCGUGUCAGCAUCCAAGUUGGCAAUUUUAAGGUCCUGAAAAAAGACUAUCUGGCCUCGUUGAUGGCAAAGAACAAACGCGAUAUCAAAAGUCAAGUGCUGGUCCGGCAUUUCGAACAGCUUCAAGCGCAGCUUUUGAACGAACUUCCGUCAUUUCUUCAGAUUUUGUUCAAGAUGCUAGAUAUGCUACUUCUGGGAUACAACAAGUGCAUGUUGCAUUACAUGGAGACCCUGUGUGGUGGGAAACGAUUAUUGAAUCGGGAACUAAUGUUGCUAGAGAGUGGAGAACGGGAAUCUGGCGAUAAUUUUGAUAUACUUCAGAUGUUUUCAACUUCUAGGUUUUAUGUCAAGCAAUUGAUUCGUGAAAACUGGAACUGCCAUGGUAGGGCCAUGGAGAGCCGAGUGGUCAGAAAGUUGUUCGAGCUGUGA